UCGUUUAAAAGUGUUUAAAUAAAGAUAACUCGUUUCGAAAUAAAUUACUGCACAAUGCAGCACUGCAUUAUCUACUGUAAUUAAUAAAAUAUAUUUUGUAUGAGUAUCAGGAGCGGUCUUAUUUGGCACCCUCUAUUAUGAAACUGUUCAUUAAACUUCGAGUCAACUCGGGAGUCAUUUGCUUCUUGAAAUCACUCGAAUCAUCGCGCGCACGCGACACCUGCUGCUCAAAACAGCAACAAGAACAACAAACAUUACAAACCAAUGCAAAUGUUUUCGUUUGAGUGGAAUCUAUUAAAUAUCAUAUACAACUCAGAAAAUACCAUUAUUUAAAUACAAUUAGUUUUGUUUCUUGUUUGUCUUAUCUGGUGAUGUAAGGCCACUUGAUUGACUCCCUCACCAGUGUGCUGACUAAUGAACUAGGGAGCUGAUUGAGACACACCCAGAGAUUCAGUUAGGAUUUAUUUUUAUUUUUCUUAAUUAUUCCGAUCUUAAACAGGAAAAGAUGUCAAAACACAGAAAAACUCGUGCUGAAGUGAAUGAGUUUUGACGUGGAACACUAUUAUAAGGAUGGAGUUUAUUAAAGAAGAGAGUGAAGACCUGAAGAUUGGUGAAGAAUUCAGAGUCAAACAUGAAGAUACUGAGGAACAAACAAAGACUGUGUUUAAUAAAGGGGAAAAAGAAGACCUGAAGAUUGAGGAAACAUUCAGAGUCAAACAAGAAGAUACUGAGAAACAAACAGACAUGAUGGCACUGAAGGAAGAGUGUGAAGAACUGAAUGAAAUUGAAGAGAAAGAACAAAAUGAGAAACAUCAUGACUUCAAGACUGAAGAAAAACUGAUUAAUUUCUUGCAGACUGAAAAGACUACCUCACGAAAAGAAGCUCAAAAAAUACCAACUAGCAACCUUAAUUCCCAUACUGGAGAGAGCUCUUUCACCUGCCAAGAGGGUGGACAAAUUUUCAAUCAAAUAGAAAGCCUUGAAGUCCACAUGGAAAAUUACAAUGAGAAGGAGCCAAUAACAUGCUCUCAGUGUGGAAAGUGUUUUACACAGAAAAAAAAUCUCAAUGCCCACAUGAGAAUUCACAUUGGUGAGAGACCUUACAUCUGCGAACUGUGUGGAAAGAGUUUCAUACGAAAUGGAGGUCUUAAAAUUCACAUGAGAACUCACAGCGAAGAGAAGCCAUUCGAAUGUUGUCAGUGUGGAAAGAGCUUUACACUGAAAAAACUCCUUAAUGCCCACAUGAAAGUUCACACCGGAGAAAAGCCUUUUACCUGCAAACAGUGUGGGAAGAGUUUCGGAUUAAAAGGAAACCUUCAGACUCAUAUGAAAAUACACACUGGAGAGAAUCUAUUUGAAUGCGUUCAAUGUGGAAAGAAUUUCAUACAGAAAAAGCAACUUCAUUCCCACAUGAGUAUUCACACUGGAGUGAAGCCAUUCACAUGUGAUCAAUGUGGAAUGGGUUUCAGAUAUAAAGAAAGCCUUAAUUAUCACAUGAGGAUUCAUUCAAGAGAGAACAAUUUUAUAUGUGAUUUAGUGUGAAAGGUGUUUCACGGACAACAAAACAACUUAAGAAACAUAAUUACCCACUUUGGGGAGAAACCUUUCAUGUGCACAUUAUGGAAAGAGUUGCUCAAGAGAAGGAAACCUUGAGUUCACACUGGAGAGAAACCUUUUACAUGCCUUUGAAUGUAAAAUUAGAUGCACUUAUCCACUUUAUCCAUUAGAAAUUUUUAUGGGACUGGCUAUUUUAAGAUUAAUGCUAUUUCGUUUUCACAUAGAUACACAUAUGAAAGAAUUUGUUUGUCAGACUCUCUUAGUUAUAGAGUGUUAAAAACAAAUAAGCUGUGUGAAAUCAAGGCUGUUCACAUCGCAGCUUGAAUGCGUGCUACAUCUGAUCACUACCUUCAUAUGAUUACUUAUUUUAAUUCUUAAAUUUAUAAACCAAAAGAUUUUUAUUUUCUUUUGUGCAUAUGUGGCCAUACCUGUCCAUCGUCUUCGGUGUAGUUGCAAAUAUUGAUUGUUUGUGGUAGAUUCCCUCUAAUUUCAACUAUGUAAAUGUGUCACUGAAUUUCAUGCGUUGAUUCCUCAAAAUCCAUUAUCCAAACUUCUACCUUUCUGUGAAAUGCAA